AGCGGUACGCAGGUCAGUGCUCGGUGGCUUUAUCUGCUAGUAACUUCAUGCAUCAUAAGCCCUUAGAAUGAUGCGUGGAUGGACGUUGUAUAUAGAGGUCACCCCCUCCAGACUGUUCCGGAUGCUGCCGGAUUAUAAGGCUGCAUGAUCGAAAUCUCAUUUCUCAGAUGCCGUGCGGAGCAUCUUCCCGGCCUCUGAAGCGUAGAACGCGAUCAUGGAGGGUCUGCAGAAGCCCAGUGCUGCACGCUGCUCAUGUAAAUGGACGUCGUCCAGACAGGACAACGAGACGCAGACUGAAGCCUCAUGGCUCCGACUUGGAGGCACCUCAUCGUCCUCCUCCAAGGACUUGUAGACGUCCUCGAUGGCUCCGUCAUUCCCAUCCCAAUUAGAGGACAUCAAAAGAAUUCUAACGCUUGAACAGGACCACAGUCAUUUUACUGAGGAAAUAUUGAAACUGGCUCUGAAGAUCAUCUACCUGGUGACUGGAGAGGACGACACAGUAAUGAGGACAUCUGGUAAAUGUGUGAUCCCCGGAAGAAGUCCCCAAGUGUCAGAAGGAUGCAGGAGGGCCCAGAGCCCCAUCACAAAGGAGUCUGCACCUUGGUCACUGAUACAUGGAAGGAAAAACGAGCAGAAGAUUCUAGAAGUGACUUACAAGAUCAUUGAGCUCCUGACUGGAGAGGGUGAAGAUGAGAACAGUAUAAAGGUUGAAGCUACAGAGGGAGAAGACACUUGCCGUAUCGACGGUCGGCAGUCUGAGGAGGAGAUCCCUAUAGUUCCACUAAUGUGUUCACCUAUCUCCGAAAGACACCCUGUUUGGUCUCCGGACAUUGUAACCGAACACAACAUUGAUGUCCAAGAUUCUUCUAGAGAUAUUCUCACUACUCAAGCUAUAUCUCCAGUUCUUCACAAAGUUGAUUUAUCAUCUGAUCCUUCUAAUCACAAAGAACAUUUUCCUGAAGUUUUCUCUGUUAAGGCGGAAACCCCCAUUACAAAAAAUAUACCCUCAGUCCUGUACCCUGGAGAUCUAUCUUCUGAUCCCUCUCAUGACCUGUCCCAUAUUUCUACCGGAAGCACAGGUCAAAGAGGGGGGAAAAGGUUGUCAUGUUCAGUAUGUGGGAAAUGUUUUACACAGAAAUCCAAUCUCAUUGUGCAUCAGAGAAUUCACACAAGAGAGAAGCCAUAUUCCUGUUCGGAAUGUGGGAAAUGUUUUAGUCACAAGUCAAAUCUUGUUCAACAUCGGAGAAUUCACACAGGCCAAAGACCACAUACAUGUUCCGAGUGCGGCAAAUGUUUUAUUAAAAAGUCUGAUCUGGUUAAGCACCAGAGAACACAUGGAAUGGGAAUGCCAUUUACUUGUUCAGUGUGCGGGAAAUGUUUUUCUAUGAAGUCAGACCUUGGGAGGCAUGAGAGAAUCCACUCCGGCCACAAGCCCUUCUCGUGUUCCUACUGUGGAAAGUGUUUCACCCUCAAAUCCAAUCUUCUUACACAUCAGAGGAUCCACACAGGAGAGAAGCCAUUUUCCUGCCCCGAGUGUGAUAAAGCUUUUACUCACAAAUCAAAUCUUGUUCAGCACCAGAGAAUCCACGCAGGAGACAGGCAUGUUCCUUACACUGAAUAUGAUGGAAACCGUAAGCGACAUCCACCAGAGAGAUGUCCCACUCCUCUCUACUUCCAGGAUGGUUCACAUGAAAAUCACAAUGCUCCUCAGGAUUAUCAGAAUGAAGGUUUCCUCAAUAUUAAAGUUGAAGAUCUAGAUGAUCAUCAGUUUAUUGAGACUGAACAUCCUUCUGAUAUCAACAAAGGUGAACACAUUAGUGGGACUAUAUCAGAAAGACACCCUGUUUGGUCUCCAGACAAUGUGACUGAACACAACAUUGAUGUCCAAGGUUCUUCUAGAGAUAUUCUUACUACUCAAGCUAUAUCUCCAGUUCAUCACAAAGUUGAUUUAUCAUCUGAUCCUUCUUAUCAUAUAGAACAUUUUUCUGAACCUUCAUCUGUUAAGACAGAAAACUUAAUUACCAAAAAUAUACCCUCAGUCCUGUACCCCGGAGAUCUAUCAUCUACUCCCUCUGCUGACCUGUCCCAUAUUUCUGUCGGAAGCACAGGUCAAAGAGGGGGGAAAAGGUUGUCAUGUUCAGUAUGUGGGAAAUGUUUUACACAGAAAUCCAAUCUCAUUGUGCAUCAAAGAAUUCACACAAGAGAGAAGCCAUAUUCAUGUUUGGAAUGUGGGAAAUGUUUUAGUCACAAGUCAAACCUUGUUCAGCAUCAAAGAAUUCACACAGGCCAAAGACCACAUACAUGUUCCGAGUGCAGCAAAUGUUUUAUUAAAAAGUCCGAUCUGGUUAAGCACCAGAGAACACAUGGAAUGGGAAUGCCAUUUACUUGUUCAGUGUGCGGGAAAUGUUUUUCCAUGAAGUCAGACCUUGGGAGGCAUGAGAGAAUCCACUCCGGCCACAAGCCCUUCUCAUGUUCCUACUGUGGAAAGUGUUUCACCCUCAAAUCCAAUCUUCUUACACAUCAGAGGAUCCACACAGGAGAGAAGCCAUUUUCCUGCCCCGAGUGUGAUAAAGCUUUUACUCACAAAUCAAAUCUUGUUCAGCACCAGAGAAUCCAUGCAGGAGACAGGCAUGUUCCUUACACUGAAUAUGAUGGAAACCGCAAGCAAAAUCCACCAGAGAGAUGUCCCACUCCUCUCUACUUCCAGGAUGGUUCACAUGAAAAUCACAAUGCUCCUCAGGAUUAUCAGAAUGAAGGUUUCCUCAAUAUUAAAGUUGAAGAUCUAGAUGAUGAAGUAGACACAUUCAUGAGGGGUAAUCAUCAGUUGAUUAAGAUGGAACAUCCUUCUGAUAUCGACAAAGUGCUUCCUAGACUCCCCCUCAAGAUUAUAGAUUCGGAAGGUGAAGUCACCAGGAAGGAACUAACAAACAUCAUCAAAACGACUCCUGCAGGUGAACCAUUCAAUGGCAGUAUUUCAAAGCGACACCAUGUUUGGUCCCCAAAUGAUGGAACAGAACACAAAGUCACAGGAGAUUUUUUUCCAAGAGAAAAUCUAAUCCCAGUCAUUGAAAGUAAAGAUCUGCGAUCUGGUGCUUCUCAAAACCUCAUGACCCAGGAUAUAUCACCAGUGCUUUACAGUGGAGUUCUGUCUUCUGAUUCCCCAGAUCAUGUGGAGUGUUCUCCUGAAGCUUCAUAUAUUAUGAAACAAAACAUCAUUACUCAAAGUAUACCCCCAAGUGUCUAUAGUGGGGAUCCAUCAUCUGAACAGUUGGAUCAUUUUCUGGAUCCGACCAACAUUUAUAUUGAAAAUACAGGUGUUAUGGGGGGUAAAAUGUUUCCAUGUUUAGAAUGUGGGAAAUGCUUCACAAGUAGAGCAAAUCUCGUUGAGCACCAGAGAAUUCAUACAAGCGAGAAGCCGUUUUUGUGUUCGGAAUGUGGGAAAUGUUUUAGUCACAAGCAACAGCUUGUUGAGCAUUGUAGACUGCACACAGACCAAAAACCACACUCCUGUUCAGAGUGUGCCAAAUGUUUCGCUCUGAAAUCGGACAUGGUGAGACAUCAGAGAAUCCACACAGGGCAGAGACCAUUUUCUUGUUCAGUGUGUGGGAAAUGUUUUUCCUUGAAGUCAGACCUUGGGAGGCAUGAGAGAAUCCACUCUGGCCACAAGCCCUUCUCGUGUUCCUACUGUGGAAAGUGUUUCACCCUCAAAUCCAAUCUUCUUACACAUCAGAGGAUCCACACAGGAGAGAAGCCAUUUUCCUGUCCUGACUGUGAUAAAUCUUUUACUCACAAAUCAAAUCUUGUUCAGCACCAGAGAAUCCACGCAGGAGACAGGAUGUUUCCCUGUGACCAAUGUGGCAAAUCUUUUAGUCAAAAAUCCAGCCUUCUUCAGCAUCAGAAGAGUCACUUGGAAGAGAGGCCCACAUUACUGUAUUCAGACUAUGCAAGGUAUUUUCUACAGAGGCCCAAUCACACUUUUCUGGAAAACUCUUAAGUUAGUGGACAGUUUUGAACUCUUAAAACCUAAAUUAUUGGUUGUAGAGUUCCAUCUUGUGCCAUCGAUAUCUUGGAGGAUGUAUAAAGACAAUUCAUCUGGUCACUGAAAGGUACAAUCAACUUGAAGGAAGCAGAGAAAAUAAGAACAGUGGAACCUCCAGUGAUUAGCUCUAGUCUUCGGGUGAACUUAGAUGCUAGUGUUCAGUUCUGUCAUGGGACACUUUUUGGUGUUCUUUGAACCUGUAAUAUGGACAACCUCUCGCACUCUGCAUAAGCAAUACAUUUUAGUAAAUGUGGUGUAAAGCACCUGCAACAAAAAUAUUUCUGGUUUAUGCACAUAGUCUAGUGUACACAGUAUGCGGACGGUACUGCUCCUUAGCACACAGAUGUGGAGAUCUUGUCCUCAAGCAAUACAUGUAGAGCUGAAUACCUCGGCACAUACAGUAUGGCAUCCAAUGGAACCUGCCACAUUGUUUUCUGUCAGGUUACACACAAAUAUUAUCUAAAACCUUCCACAUCUCCAUACAAAAUAGUUUCAAUAUGGCCAUAUCAAUGUGCUAUCUCAUUAAAAAGUUUGCUGUCAACUUGCAGACAGGAAGAAAAUAAGGCACUUACUAAAUGUAAGCUGAAGUGCCUCCUAUGUUUUUUUUUUUUUUUCCCCAUUCUUCUACCUCACUUUGCUUGUUGUCAGGGAAUAAGAGCACCCUUGCACUCUAGCAAGGUAGUGCUUGCGCAGUGGAGGGAACAAUUCCUACAUGUGUGGUCAUGACUGUGCGCCAGCUCCCACCUCGCAUCUGGCUGUCGAGUUGCUAUAGUACAGCUCCAGAGCAUGUGCAGUAGCACUAGAGCUGUAUUACACUGUUCCUGUCCCAGCCGUGCCAAUACAGCUAAUCCAAAAUACUUCAAGAACAGCGUCAGCAGUGCAAUGGCACCAUCAAAGAAAGGCAUCUGCCCUCAGCAGAGGUAGGAAGAGCAGAGCUGGGGACUAGCUUCAGGUCCAAGUGGGGAGAUGGGACAACCCUUUUAAGUUAUGGUAAGCUGGUUCUUCCUGCAGACUGACCUACUAUUAUGUCAUGGUGAUGGUGGGGGCCCAAGAGUGGUGUCCACACUAUCAGGUUUGGGUGCUGGCUAUAACGAUCAACUGACCUCACACUGUAAUGGCCGGAAUUGGAGGGAACAGUGCUAGAAACAAAUUGUGCUUCACUGGAAAAAUUGUAGUGUAUUACUGCUGUCAAUCCAGAAGGUCCAUGUAGAGAACUUCAGAUGAAGGAAAAGAUGGAUGAUGUCUAUGGGCGGUGCUGCUUGUGUGACGAAUUGGGAAAGAUUGAUUUAUUGUAUUAAAAGGUGCAG